AUGGAAGCAAAAAUCAUUUCUAAAGAGGACAUUAAACCGUCUUCCCCAACCCCAUCACAUUUGAACACAUUCAAUCUUUCUGUCUUAGAUCAGCUUGUCAUCAGUCCUUAUGUUCCAAUCAUCUUGUACUACCCUAAUAGCAAUGGCGAAAGCACUUCCGAAGCACUAGAAAGGUCACUAGUUCUAAAGAAAUCUUUAUCUCAAACAUUGACUCAGUUUUACCCACUUGCAGGAACAAUUAAGAACGAUCUUUCUAUCGAUUGUAAUGAUGUUGGUGCUAACUAUGUCGUAACUUUGGUCCAUAGUCGUCUUGACGAGUUCCUAGAGCAUCCUGAUCAUCGGUUGAUCAAUGGGUUUUUGCCAUUUGAGCCUAGCUUCAACGAGUCUAGUGCAGGUAGUCGUGUAACGAAUGUUCAAGUGAACAUUUUCGAAUGUGGUGGGAUUGCAAUUGGCUUGUGCAUUUCUCACAAGAUCCUUGAUGGGGCUGCACUGUGCACAUUUCUGAAAGGAUGGAGCAACAUGGCUCGUGGAGCUGAAGAAGUCGUGUAUCCAAACUUAACCUCACCAUCUCUCUUCCCUGCUACAAGCUCGUGGCUCAGAGACACAUCAAUGGGUCUAACUAUAUCGCUGUUAAGUCAAGGCAAGGCUUGCACAAAGAGGUUUGUAUUUGGGUCGGAUGCAAUGGCUAGACUGAGAGCCACAGCAGCUAGAAACGGGGUGCAACGGCCGACUCGUGUUGAGGUGGUGUCUGGUUUGAUAUGGAAGUGCGCCAUGGCUGCUGCUAAAGAAGCAUGUGGGGUACAGAAGCCUUCUUGUUUAACUCACUUUGUGAACCUUCGGUCAAAACUAGCAGCUACGUUGUCGAAUCACUUAAUUGGUAACUUGGUUUGGAUCUCCAAUGCAGCAUGGCUUCCUAGCGAUGAGACCACGUUGCAUGCGUUGGUGAAUAAUGUGCGUGAAGGUAUUUCGAAAAUUGACGUUGAGUUUGUUAAGAAAGCACAAGGAGAUGAAGGGUAUGUUGCCAUGCAGAACUCUUUGAAAGAAAUGGCUGGAAUUGGCUCGAUGGGGCCAAUAGACUACUAUGGUUUUACGAGCUGGUGCAAGAUGGGUUUCUAUGAAAUAGAUUUUGGUUGGGGAAAGCCGAGUUGGGUGACAGGUCUUGUAGGAGAUGGCCUGCCUGUGUUCAUGAAUCUUGUGACUCUAAUGGACACGAAAAGUGGUGAAGGGAUAGAAGCAUGGGUGAACUUGGAUGAACCAGAAAUGGAGAUUCUACAGAAGAAUCAAGAGUUACUUUCGUAUGCUUCAUUAGAUCCAAGUCCUUUAAUAAAUGAUGAAGCCAAAGAACUAAAAACUGAAGAGAUAAUAAGUCAAAUUCAAACUGGCCUAGCUUUUAAUGCCUGA